AAUAAGUGUGUGAGUAGUUGAUUUCAAUUUCGAUUACUGAUAAUGUUCGUUAAAUUCUGGGUGGACAUUGUCGAACUCAGAAUCUCAGAUCUUCAAAAUUAUUUCUGUGGAAUUACAAGCUGAAGGUAAUCGUUUGCAAUUUUAUGUUGUAGCCCUUUUUCCUCUUGGAAAUCGUUUCCCCUUCUCGGAUAACCCUUCAUUUUCCCUGCCCCGUUUGUUUUGCCCUAUUCUUUAUGCUCAUCUGGGAGUCACAGAUUCGAUCCAAUUGAUCAAAUCCAUCAGUACCUUUUUGGAAUUUGAGUGCAGAGAUUGGAUGUGCUCUUUGUAAAAAUUAGUGUUGCGGUGAUUAUGUAGGGGUUCCUUGCUGUGGAACUUCUCCAAAAAGGUGCGGUUUUUUUGUGCUUUUGAUUUAUUGAUUGUAUAGAGCUUCCUGACAGUGGAGCUUUUGUAUAAAGGUGCGGUCUUUACCCUCUUGACUUGAUUUUGGUGGGUGUAAAUUGAAUUUAUUGAGUGUCUGGAUAUAAAACCUUAAUUUGCUGAGCGUAGGAGGGAGGGCAAGGGUAGGAAAUGGGGGAAGAUUUCUUGACUAGCUUAAGCAUUGAGAAUUAUCCCCCUUCAACAUUCUUGUCUAUGGAUUCAAUAGCUACCUGUCACGAUGAGUCGGAACGCGACAUGAAUAGGCAGGUUAUUCUUUCCGGGCCACCGGAUAUUAAUCUACCAUUGUCUGUGGAGCCAAGCCCUCCUCCGCAGUCGUGGAACCAUGACACAUUUGAUAUGCUUGAGGUGGGGUUGGGACACCAAGUUAAUGAAUCGGAUAAGCUGAUUGAUUUGCCUAAGAUUGGGAGGAAGUGUGCCGGCAAGAGAUUGGAUAGUGUGUGGGGUGCUUGGUUCUUCUUUAGGUUCUAUUUCAAGCCUGUUUUGAAAGAGAAGUCCAAGUGCAAUGUGGUUUGGGACAACAAUGGUGUUUCGGGUUUUGAUAAAUCUGAUCUUGAACUGGAUGUAUUCCUGGUGCAACAUGAUAUGGAGAAUAUGUAUAUGUGGGUUUUUAAGGAGAGGCCCGAAAAUGCACUAGGUAAGAUGCAGUUAAGAAGCUACAUGAAUGGCCACUCGCGCCAGGGCCAGCGCCCAUUCCCAUUUUGUGCUGAUAAGGGUUUUGUGCGGUCUCACAAAAUGCAGCGGAAGCACUACAGGGGGCUCUCGAAUCCCCAGUGUUUGCACGGGAUAGAGCUGGUUCCAUCGCCCAAUCUCAUGGGCCUCGAUGAUGAGGAACAGAAGAAAUGGGUGGAGCUAACUGGUAGAGAUCUAAACUUUUGCAUCCCGCCUGAGGCAAAAGAGUUUAGUUCGUGGAGGACCCUUCCAAAUACGGAUUUUGAGCUUGAAAGACCAUUUUCUCAACUGAAGAACACUGCACAAUCACACCCGCCUGCGAAGAAGCUGCUUAACGGGUCGGGUUUGAACUUAUCAACUCAACCGUCUAACCAUGUUAAUGGGAACGGGAUUGAUCUCUCGUCUUCUUGCAACAAGAAAAGGAAAGAAAUCUUCACAAAUGGGAAUGAUGAAGACUGCUGCUUGCCUAAUGAUCUCAAUGGGGAUCGACAUCAAGAUGUAGAGUUUCAUCCCGUGGAGCCUCCAUGGUUGAAUGAGUUUACCGGGGUGGUGAGAAACGUAUAUGGCCCUGUUACAGCAGCCAAGACUAUUUAUGAGGACGAGGAAGGAUAUCUGAUUCUAGUUACUCUGCCUUUCACUGAUCCUGAAAGGGUGAAAGUGCACUGGUGGAACAAUCUCACACACGGUGUGGUGAAGAUCUCAUCAGUGAGCACAGCAUGUAUGCCUUUCAUCCAAAGGAACGACCGGACAUUCAAACUCACUGACCCUGCCCCGGAGCACUGUCCACCGGGAGAGUUCAGACGAGAGAUCCCUCUGCCUACACGGAUCCCUGAUGAUGCUAAGCUUGAAGCGUACUUUGACAAUAGUGGAACAGUUCUUGAGAUCAAAGUGCCUAAACAUCGCGUGGGACCAGAGGAACAUGAGGUUCUCGUCUGCCUUCGCCCGCCUAAUGAAUUUGUGUUGUCUUGAAGGGGUUCUCUUAAAAAUACCAUAUUGCAGUAUUGGAUACGCGCAUGGUGUGAUUCGCGUGGAGUGCGUAUGAGAUACGCCACCCGACGAAUCCUGAAAAAACGGAUCACGUAUAGGGUGAGUCCACCUCACUAAUCCGGUUCGUUUUGGAUGCGUUUUGGGUUUCUUUUUUCCUUUGUUUUCUUGUAUUUAUGGUCAUUUGGGAUGGUUUUAACAAUUUUACCUUCUGGGAUCCUUUUGUAAUUUUUUUUUAUACAGUAUCCUAAACUACUCAUGUUAUUUGACUCAAUUGAAAUUUUAUUUUAACUA